ACCAGACCAAGAGUGCAAGGGCCUCUGGGUGGUUUGAGAGCCCUUUGAGGUCUGCUUGUCGAGCCUGGCACACAGCUUGGCUCGCUUCUUCUCUCUUCAAGAUCCUGAGAUGCCCUCACCUUCCAAUGACGGAGAUCAAGGAGCAUCCCCCGUGAACGUGCCAUCUGUAGGCUCCUACCAGAGUAGUGGGAAGAGGAAAGUGCACGGCAAAAAGAAGAAAGGCACCAUCACAGCAAAUGUCGCUGGCACUAAAUAUGAGAUCGUGCGUGCCGUCAUUUGUGAGAUGGACUUCAUCAAGGCUCGGGAUGAGGAUGAAACAGCUAACCUCAUAUGGAAUGACUCUGCUGUGCAACAUGAGAAAAUCGCUGAGCUCAGGAACUAUCAGAGAAUUAACCACUUCCCAGGCAUGGGUGAAAUUUGCCGGAAAGAUUGUCUAGCAAGAAACAUGUCCAAAAUGAUCAAGUGCCAGCCUCAAGAGUACAGCUUCAUCCCCAAAACAUGGAUCUUUCCUGCAGAGUACACCCAGUUCCAAAACUAUGUCAAAGAACUACGAAGAAAACGCAAGCAGAAAACCUUUAUCAUCAAACCUGCCAAUGGAGCAAUGGGUCAUGGGAUCUCACUUAUUCGUAACUGUGAGAAACUGCCAGCCCAGGAGCACUUCAUUGUACAAGAGUAUCUGGACAAGCCUUUUCUUAUGGAGGGCUACAAGUUUGACCUCCGCAUUUACAUUCUCGUUACGUCAUGUGACCCGCUCCGUAUCUUCCUCUACAACGAUGGCCUAGUGCGCAUGGGGACAGAGAAGUACCACGCACCCAGCGAAGCCAAUCUGAGCCAACUCUAUAUGCAUCUUACCAACUACUCUGUCAACAAACACAAUGAGAAUUUUGAGCGCGAUGAGACGGUGGACAAAGGCAGCAAGAGAUCCAUCAGCUGGUUCACUGAGUUCCUCCGUGCCAAUGAUUAUGAUGUGGCCAAGUUCUGGGGAGACAUUUCUGAGCUUGUGGUGAAGACUCUGAUUGUAGCCGAGCCCCAUGUGCUCCACGCCUACCGCAUGUGUCGCCCCGGUCAGCCACCAGGGAGCGACAGUGUCUGCUUCGAGGUGCUGGGCUUUGACAUCAUCCUGGACCGCAAACUCAAGCCCUGGCUUUUAGAGAUCAAUCGAGCUCCGAGCUUUGGCACCGAUCAGAGGAUUGAUUACGACGUGAAGAGGGGAGCUCUCCUCAACGCUCUCCAGCUCCUCAACAUCAGAGCAAGUGAUAAAAAGCGAAACCUGGCUCAGCAGAAGGCCGAAGCCCAGAGACGGCUGUACGGACACGGCUCCAUGAAGAAGCUCUCAGCCUCCUCCUCUGACUGGGAGAAGCAGCGCCACACACUGGAGCGGAGGAGAGAGGAGCUGAAAGAGAGGCUGGCACAGGUCCGCAAGCAAAUAUCCCGAGAGGAACAUGAAAGGCUACAUCUUGGGAACUACAGACGUAUUUACCCCCCAGAUGACAAGCUCCUGCUGGAGAAGUAUGAAAGCCUGCUCUCUGCUGCCUUUCAGACCUUCCUAGCCGGGCGCGCUGCCUCACUUCAAAAGGAAAUGAAUAAUCCUCUGAAACGAAUGAAGGAGGAAGACAUCCUGGACCUGUUGGAGCAGUGUGAGCUGGACGAUGAGAAGUUAAUGGGCAAGUCCCCAAGGCAACGUGGCCCAAGGCCUUUGACCGCCAUGCCAGAGUCCAUCCAGUCCCUUAGAAGGCAGCGGCCGGAUUACCUGGGAGAUUUCACCAGUGCCAGCAGCGCCGACAACACCUGCUCUUCCUCUGACGAUGAGGAGGAGGACCAGAGGAAGACUGGAGGAAGGAGAGGAGUGGAGAAGAAGAAAGUGUCAUAUGAUCUAGGAGACGACAAGGAGAAACACUUGGCAGAGCGAGCAGGCCGAAUGCACUGGAAACCACCAAUCAAGUCUCUCAAAGCUGCUCCCGCCCCCUCUGCCUCGCCGACUCUGACUGGACCAAUCAGACGCUCCAUCUCUUGUCCCCGCUCCAUCGCCUCACUUUCAUCACCCAGUGAGGUGCGAUCUCUCUCGUCCAGGCCGUCGCCCACAAUCCCAUUGGCCACGCCUCUGAUCCGGCCAAGCUCUGCAACGCUACGAUCACAUUCGUUGAGUCGAAGUGGCUCCGCCCAUCGCGUACCCCAUAGCAACAGCCUAGGGACCAUUCACUCCAAUAUUGGAGACUCACUUACAAACCUGAGGAGUAAAGAGCAGGAGUUGGAGUUGGUGAGACAGACCUUGGCUGCUCUGACUGCAAUGAGGAUUCGAUUUCCUGGCAAGACGGAGGAAGAAGCAGAGGCAGUGCUAGAUGAUAUACUUGACAACUGGAGAUACCAUAAACCAAAGGUGGCCUCCUAUUGGUUAGUGAAGUUGGACUCAACCAAACAACGAAAGGUGCUAGAUAUAGUCCGUACAAAUGUCCGCUCCGCACUGCAGCGGAUCUGGAGAGAGCCAGAGGUGGAGAACCUUCACCUGUACAGGCUGUUCACCCGCGUCUUUAACCGUCUCCUCUGGAGCCACGGCCAGGGGCUGUGGAAUUGCUUCUCCCACACUGGGUCAUCGUGGGAGACCGUCUUCAGCAGGAGCAGUGAGGUGGUAUCGCCUCAGGAGCUGCAGUGCUGCCGGCGGCUGGUCCAGCUGUGCAGAGACUGUCUGCUGGUCGUUUACAAGUUUGUUUCUGAGUCCAGAGGCUCUCUGACUGGUCUGAGCCCUGAAUGGGAUGACACCAGGUAUCUGCUGCCAGUCACCUCCCUGUUCAAGUGGCCUUCGUCCAGCUAUGGCCGCAUUUCGUCGUCGGCCACUGCCCCGCGCUCUCGCAGUCUCCUCGCUGCCAGAAUGGGACACUACUAAGAUCACCGUGGUUACACUCUGGCUUCUGACGCCGUGACAUUUGACCUCAAUCUCUAUCCGAUACCUUCAUAAACAGCAGUAAACGUACAUGAACAUGGGGCCAACCUAAACAGAGCUCCAGACUUUUCGCCAAAUCUUUUACGGAAGAACGUCAAUGGGCAAGAUAAUGUUGACUUGCAUUUUUUUUAUUUUAUUUAUUUAUUUAUUUAUUUUGGUUGAUGCCCGCCCUUCUUAAACCAGCAGACCACCUUUAUCUUCACCUCUUCUCCCUGGUAACUCCAGACUUCGUGGGCUUGGCUGCUAUCUUUUCUUGUUAACUUUUAGGUGUAUAGUCCUACUUCUUGUCUUGGUACUGUAAAAGUGAAGAAUAACAAGAUACUAAGCAAUGCAAGGAUAUUUAUUAUUUAUUUUUUAAGGUGUUUUCACUGGAUGCAAAACAGAUGUGGAUUGAUAACUUUUCACUAUUUUGCAAAUGAUGACAAAAAGCUUAUUUUUGCUGGCUUGUUAUUAUGUUUGUACACUGAGUUUAUAAUUAUGUUGAAACUGUCACUUUACUUUUUCGCCUCGAAGAAGAUACACGCCCAGAAUGCACCAUGUUUUACCGCCAUGUUUAGAAUGUUGAUGUAGUAUGCCAAAUUGAGUACCUCUCAGGCCCUUAGCGGUGCUCCCCAUGCUAAGUGUCUGAGGGUACGUCGGUCCUAUAUGCACUAUACGGUUUGUCACUGACUGGGUGCACAUAACUGUACUGUCUGCAUGUCCAGAAGAGUUUAGUAGUAGUUAGACAGAGGAGCUGCAUUCGCAAUAUACUUGAAGUUUUGUGUUGUCAUUUAUUAUGGUGUCUUUGUCCUGACUGCACUCCACUGUUAAGUUUGUUACCUGAAGUUUGGAUGCUGGGCGCUGUGUUAGGUUUUUGUAGGGCACUUUGAAUGAUUCGGCUCAUCAGCUCAAAUGUAUUGUACUGUAACAACGAUAAUUUGCCUGAGAUGAGCAGCUGCACCCUCU